AUGAUCAUAGCCUUUUUUCUCCUGAUACAAUGCGUCUAUUGUGUCAUUUGGCCGCCUUUGUCUGUUGAUAAUGAAGUCGCUCUGAGGUCUCAAAGGGAUGUCUCCUACAAUGUCAGCGUUGACCAGUUAGUUGAUGUUGGGGUCCGGCUGUCAACAGUCAUUUUUGAAAGAGACACAUACACUCAACCGUAUUUGAAUCGGGUGGACAACCUUUUAAACGCGUCUGUAGGAAACAUCCUGAUUGACGCCUAUUGGGAUGAGGGAGGAUUUAAUUGGCAAUUAUGUCCUGCUCCCUUUAGUGCUAAUGUUACUCCAAUUGCUGAUGGUAGUACGAUCCUACAACUGGAAUGGGAUAAUAAGCAGUACACCUGUGACAGAAGACUGGAUUUGGCUUCCAUUUUCACGAGAAUUGAUGAACAUAUCAGGGCCUCAGCUAGAUCCGUAUCCUUAAAUUUGAUUACUAUUUAUAUGAGUUUGCAUUCAAUUGGCACCCAAAACCCAACUCCAGUUUCCCAGCCGGGAACCUUAUCAAGACCAUUAGUUAGGAGCAUCGAUCAAGUACAAAUUUUGACCCCUGCUUCGUUACGGGUUGCUCAGCUAUCCAAUAGCACAUAUCAGGGUUUAGAAUUCGAUCCCAAUGGCUACCCAAUUUUAGGAGAGCUCUUGCAGAGUAGAGGGAUCAGAGUGAUACCGAUUAUUCUUGAGAAUAAUAUGUAUGAAGAUACGAGCUAUGAAUUGGAGCGGGACUCUAAUCUCUAUUUCAUACAAAAUUCAACUAUCGACGUUACUCAGACGAACACUGCUGACACCAAGUUGACCGACCUUACGACGAACAUAACAAAUUGGACUAUUGCUGACUCACAAGCCCUUUUGUCUGAGUCAUUCAGACUCGUAAUGGAGACAGAGGAGGAUCCUUUUUCAUUAGAGUCCUACACCAACCAUAUCUCUCAUGGAUAUUCACCCUUUUUGAACCGAAAGUAUAAUGAAUCAGAAAUCAGACAAUUUGCAGUCAACAGACUAUGGAGUUGGAAAAACUCAUACCUCCCUGAAGUUAGUGUUCCCUUACUUGGAGAUCAAGAUGAUUCUAACUCUGCAAACGAGACACUUCAAUGUGCUUCUUUUUCCAAUCUUUCGUGGAUUAUCUCUUCGUGUGACGAGCCACGUCAAGUGGCAUGUAGAAACAGUUCAUACUGGCUACAAUGGACGGUAACAUCGACACUAUCAAAUUAUUAUGGUGCGACUGAAGCAUGUCCUGUUGGGACGUUUUUUGACAUUCCACGUACACCCCUAGACAGUAUGACGCUUCAAAGAGAGAUUCCACUCAACUCAAGUGUUUGGAUUGAUCUUAAUACUCUAGACAGCGGUGGUUGUUGGAUCAGCGGUGGUGCCGAGGCCGAAUGUCCUUACCACAGAGUGACUCUUGUUAGCCUUUACGUUGAGAUCUUAACUCCAUCAUCAGUAGUUUCGAUCGUUCUGAUUGCUAUCGUAGUCCUUCUUCAUUUCGUCCGUAUACCAAUUCAGAAAAAUAGAAAGUACUGGAGAAAACUUCAAGAUAAUAUUAAGGAUAGUGAUGGAAUUCCAUCAUAG